GUUAGUCUCUGUCGUCGUUGUUAUUCUUGUGAAAACAUGAGUAAGAAACGUCGCAGCGAGGACUCCGGCGAGUCUAACGCUAAGUUAAAAAAGGAGGAAGUCGCAGAGUUCAAUGGUACCGUUUUUAAAGCGAUGCUGAGGGAGCCCACCAAAGCUAUGAAGGGGUUGGGGAAAUUCGUAUCCACGGCAAGGAAACUGCCAUGCUUAGAUUUGUAUGACGUGGUUGAAGGCUAUAUCAAAAUUUCUAUGGAGUGUGCUGAAAUAUUCAAAUUGCUGGAGGAUGACAAGAAAAUGGAAAACCAGGUGAUGCUGAUCUUUGAGAGCUUGGAGAUGAUCCUACUGAGAACAGCCAGUGACCUCUCUCACUUCCUCCCAGUUGGAAACAAUAUCGUGAAAAAGAUUGUUUCCAGCUUCAUGAAAAAUCUUCAAACCUCCCUCUAUUCUGAAAACUACAGGUUUGUCCGACAGUGUCUCAGUCUUCUGUCUGCCAUGGUGUCCCAGGGUCCAGAUGCUGCUAGAGAAGUUUUCAGCCAUGUUCACUUUAAUAAGGGCCUGUCUGCAUUGGCAAGGAGAAAGGACAAGAGGGGAAAACCUGAUGUUCGCAUGGCUUUUAUUCAGUUUGCUCUCUCCUUCUUGGUGUCUGGUGAUAAUGCAACAGUUGGACAAUUGUUAGAGGUCAAAGAGCUCCUGCCAGAGAUUAUAUGUUCUGGACUGAAGGAGGAUCGGCUCUCCAUAGUAAAUCUGGUUUUAACCACACUGAAGAUGAAAGUUGUACAAAACAAGGCUUUAAGCAAAACGCAGAAAGUGCGUUUCUUCACACCUGCUGUUCUGUCAAACAUAGCAUCUCUAUACAAAUGGAAUGGGAUUGUGGAUGCAAGCACUGAUGAUUCGAUGAUGGCUGAUAACCCAGAGCAGGGUGGGAUAUUGGUAAUCCGGGAGCUUGUUCACAAUUUUCUUGUGGACCUGUGCUGCUCCCGUAAACAUGGAAUCAGUUUCUAUGAUCCCAGCUUUGGAACAGCUGGAAGAGCUGGCAACAUUGUCUUACUUCAAUUCUUAGUUGGGCUAAAGCAGGCCACAGAGGACAAACUUGUGGCAGAGCUGGUGAUCAAUAUACUCAAAGCUAGUCCUGAUGUUCUGCCCAGAUAUUUCAAGGAAACUCAAUAUUCCUACACUCCACGCGCCAAAACCACCUGGCAGGACAAUGUCAAUUUACUCAAAAAGAUCUAUGAGGCUCAGCCACAGAUUUCUGUAGUCUUCCAAACUCAUGAAGUCAUUCCGCUACCUCGCCUGCUCUCCAUGAUUAUGGUGACAUCUGUACCUCCUGUCUGUAACAAGGCAUUCUUCACACAGGGCCUUAAUUUUGCCAACACAGCGAUGCAGCACACAACCCUCUCCAUGAUGUCCUUCAUCUUGAAAAGAGCCCAUCAGAAUGUCGAGUAUCUUUUGGAUAAGUCUGUGUGGCAGGGCUCAGACAUGUACACUCUUGAAAUGAUGGAGCAGUUGGUGCAACAAUACAGAGAGGCUCUAAGCAAGAUUUUGCCAGAUAUGACAGGCAUUGUGUCAAAGUGGCAGUCACUGACAAAAAAGGACAAGGCAGAUGAUAAGGGAAAGGAGGAAAAGAAGGAAGGCAGCGCUGAAGAGAAGGAUUCUAAAGCAGAAAUCCCAGGUGCUGAUAGUGCUGAGGUCAUCCUGCUGAAGGCUCUUAUUCUCCAGGUCAUAUGUCUCUACCAGAAGGUGGUGCCACAUCUUGUUAGUCAGUGCAAAUUUGACUUUAGCAAGCUGUUGAAAGGGAUCGUUUCAGAGAAAGGCAUGAGGGAAGAGGUUGCUCCUGUUUUGCAGUAUCAAAUUCUCCAGCUAGCCUUGGAUCUUCCUGCGAGCAAGUUUUGCUGGUUCCGUAUCCAGGACACUGCAGAUAUAGAGUCAGCAUCUGGGGAGAAGUCGGUUCUCUACCUGCUUCUCAAGAUGUUUAGCAGUAGCAGUAACAGCCGCUUGAAAACCUUCACACAGACACUGGUCCUCAAAGUGCUUAAAGACAGUGGUGUCUUCGAACACACCUGGAGAGAGCUUGAAGUGUGGCUCGAUCACCUGGCUAGACUGGAGUCAGACCAGCAGGAGACCGUCAUCCUCUUCCUGGAAAGGGUGCUGGUGAGACUGAUAUGCAAUCCUUACACAUACACGGAUAAGGUCGCCGGCUUGGUUCAGGAGGCAGCCUGCAUUCUCACUAAUUUGAGUGGCCAAGAAGGAGAUGCUGUCAGUAUCCCCAUCUCACACAUAGAUGAUGUGCUAGACAUGGUCGACGUAAUCAUGGAUGGCAAUGAGGGAGAGAUGGAAGAGUUUGGGCCAGCCCUAAGCGAAGACCUCAUCAUUCAGACUUUCCCCUUCAGUGCAGUGGUGCCCGCUGCUCUGGAGGCUCGCAACAAGCUGCCAAAGGAGAAGGGUGUGAUAUGUGAGUACAUGGCUGCAGUGCUCAUAGACGUGCUACACUCGCAGAGAGAACCACUCCCUCUCUGUCUGGCUCUACUGCAGUACGAUAAAGAGUUUGUGUCCUCCGAACACACUGCUGAUCCUCACCCCUCCAUCAUGCUCCUUCAUGGCUAUUACUCGAAAUGGCUGCCCCAACAGUGUCGGGAGGAACUGUUUAAGUCAUCUGAAUGCCAUUCCAAAGAACUACUAGCCCAUGCUUCCUUCACUGCAUCAAUCAGAGAAGCGUAUAGCCAAGACCCCAUCACUCUCUUGGAGGACUCCUUCAGGAUGAACAUGGAAGAGUCUCUGGCUACCAUGGCCAUGGCUGAGUUCCCACUGGUCAUCAAGCAGACCUUACUCUACAUCAAAUCCACAGUGGACAACUUUGGCACAUUACCCAAAGACAAAGGAAUUCCAGUGUUACGGGCCUUAAUGGGAAUACUGCAGGAAUUGGUGACCAAGCUGCAAGGAUUCCAGGAGACCACAAAUUCAGAGCCAGUGGCAGGGGACCCUCAAGAGGGCUCAGACCUCUUCCUGGAGGUCAACCAGUCAUUUACAAUGGAUACCAACAAAGAGCAGAUCAUUGCAGAUACACUUGACUCCAUCUUCAAGCAUCCAUGUCUGGAGCAGUGGUUUCUGGCUUUGGAGCUCGCUGCUUUGCCUCCUCACUCUCUGAACCCUGUCAGGCUGAAGCAGUUGUGUGCCCAGCUGAGUGGUGACAUUCUGGCCUUGCUGAAGAUCAGCGGCCCCACCCUUCACAACAUGGGUCACCUGGAUCUCCUGUGUAGCUACUUGGGAGCUGUGGGGAGGGCUGUGAUGAAAGAGCUGUUGGAGAAGGGCUCCCAGGCACCAGAGAGACAAUCCCAGCCUGUCCAAGCCUUCUUGUCUCUGCACAGCUACAUGGACCCAUGUCUUUCGAGGGAGGUGGUCUCCACCUUUUUACUGCUUCCCCAGGAGUGUCUCAUCAUCUCUGGUGAUGGUGGCACAUCAGCCGAGCUCAGUGCGUAUGGUCAAACAGUCCUGCAGGUCCUCACAGAAAGCAACUCCAACACCUCCCAGGAACACUGUCUCCCUCUGUCCCAGCAACACAUCCAAGGCCUAAGCACCCUGCUACUUUCCUGCUCCAGCCCCACAUUGGAAGCCUUCCUGCUUCAGAUACUGUCCAGUGAGCCGGGCAGUGCCAAACUCAUUCCCACAGAUGUACUGUUACACUGUAUCCAGCGGCCUCUCCCAGCUACCCAGGCCAUCAGCUCUCUCUUGUUGGAGAACUGCUCAACCCACCGCCUCUGCUUUGAGUUGUGGUGCCUGGAGCCAGCCAACCUGGAGAGGUUUUCAAGCCAAACAGACACCUACUUUCCGCUAAUCCAUGCCUACCUACAGACAGCAAGUAGGGAGGAUCCUGCCAGACCCAAAGACGUGAAAACAAAUGUUCUCAAAGCCUUGAAGCAAGCUCUGCUGACCAAGUUGUGCAACACUGUACUGGUUAACCAUACAGCAGACUCUCUGGCUCAACAUGCUCAAACUCUGGGUAGCCUGAUAAAGCUGGGUUCAAAUUACAAAGAUAUCAAGGAGUUCAUCAAAAACCUGCCGACAGCCCUUCAAAUGAUAGAUGGUUUUGAAAGGUGGCAGCUAGUAGAUGUUGUUGGUGAGAAGCUGACUGAUUUUCCAGAGGAACAAAAAACCUGGAGGAAAUCUGUGGUCACUGCUGCCCUCAAGUGGCUAACUUCCUCUUACAGUCACUUUAAAGACUAUGUUAAUGCCCCAUCAGCACAGGAGGAGAGCAUCCUAGAGAGGGUGCAAAAUAUUCUGACUUUAACCGAUGAUAUCACUCCAUUUGACUGGAACACUUUUGUCAAGACUGGACUUAAAUAUCGCUUCAAAGACCACUGCUUUCUGGAUACCCUGAAAAACCUUUUGGAAGUGAUGUAUGGUGGCACGGAGCCCCCCAAAGAUCUGCUACCUUUAGCCACCAUUCACAUGAUGAUCAGCAGCCACUCUCUGUUUCUGCCCACCAUGCUGGGCACUGAGAAUUGUCCUAGUGGGGACCCCCAGACCAAAGAAGCAUUAGUGUCACUUCUUCUCUAUCUGGUGAAGAAAUGCCCAACAAUUUGCAAUAUCAACCAUUUCGUUGUUCUUUUGGGGGCCUAUGGUGCUACUUUGAGCAUUUCAGAUCAGAAACUGUUGCUACUACUACAGGAGUAUGAAAAGAACAGCACAAGUCUACUUAAAUUUCAGUCCCUCUUGUGGGGUCCAGCAGCAGUGGAGCAUCACAAGACCAGGAAAAGCCUGGGAGCAUCAUUAUGGCAGCAGACUAGUUCUGAGGACCUGUUAGCGCUGCUUAAUUCUGACAGGAUGCUCCACACCAUUGCACACUACCCUCAACAACGCCAGAUCAGCCCUGAGGAGAGCAAAGAGCUGGUUUAUAAGGAAGCUGGUGUGAAGGACCUUUGUAAUUUAUAUGACCCCUGUUUCCUGUUGCCUCUGUUCAGCGCUAUGCUGCAGCCAGAGUGUGUGGUUGACUGCCUCAAGUUUGUAUCCAGCCAUGCCUUUGGGGUAUCCGUCAUGGCCCUAAGUAGCAAUGACCCUAAGGUAAGAGCUGCAGGCUACUAUGUGCUGAGUUCCUUCUACCAUCACCUUGAAGGCGCUCUCUUCAGGGAGAAAAGACAGCUGCUGUACUUGAUGGACAUCGUGAAGAAUGGUAUUCGGCAGCAGAAUCUAAGACUCCCCUCUGUGCAGACCACAUAUAUUGCCAAAGUUGCCCAGCAGAUGCUCAAACCUGAGGACCAUAUGUACGUGGUGUUGAACAAGUUCCUGCUGUCCCAACAAAGUCUGGACUUCAGACGAGUUCCCGAGUUUUUCAAACUCUUCUACAGCUUUGACUUGGAGCACAAGGCAGAACGGGAGUGGAUCCUGGGUGUGCUUGAGCAAGGUUUAACUGAUCAAUACAGCUAUGAACUAUGUGACCAACAAGGCAUCUUCCAGACCCUGUUGGGCUUCAGCAGCAGUCCCCUGUGUGAUGAGCACACCCAGGCCCAAAUCAUCAGGGUACUGCGCCAGGCUGCCCAUAUUAACAAAGCUGCUUAUAACCUUGUCAAGGCCCAUGGGCUCCUGCCCUGGAUAAUACAGAUGUUGGGAAGAAGGCAUCUAAGCCAGCAUCUGUUCUGCACCAUCAUAGACCUGCUCCACUCAUUGUGGUUUACCAACCUGGCGCAGAAGGAGAGGCAGAUAGAUGGAGCCAGCACCUCAUCAUCUAAAGAAGUGAAACCUCAGAAAGCAACAAAGUGCCUCCCGCUCCCAUUCAUAAAUGAAUUCCUAUGUGUGGCAUCCAGCAUCAUAAAACAUCUGAAGAUGGGUGGGAAGGCUGCUCAGCUCAAGCAGUUUCUGCAGAUCCUGGAUUCUGCAUUAAAGCAUCGUGCGACGGCUCUCAGUGUAAACAGACAGGCUAACUGGCUCACGCUCGAGCCCAAGGCUGUCUCCUCUGUUGAAGCCCUCACCAUGCUACAAUGCUGGGCCUCGCUGUCCCGCAAUGCAACACUCCUCAACAGUUUACAGGCUGUGGCUGAAAAACACAGAGUGAAGGAAGUACUAGGUUCAGGAAGGGUUAAGGGCAGAGGUAAAGGCUCCUCCCAGGCCCGUACCCUCAAGGAGGACCCAGCAGAUGACGCUGAGAUAAAGAAACAAGAACGGACUCUUCUGACAGAAUGUAAGCCCAACCUCUGCAGCAUUUUUCUUCAUUGGGAGUGUGUGCAUCCUCUCACUGUGCCUCAGAGUAGUCAGACGACCCAACCAAGUGACAAGCAGGACCCAAAUCAGUUGGCCAAUGACACUGCACACCUGCUAACCAAAUGGUCCCUCAGGUUCUUGGUAGAGGGCAUGUAUGAUGAAAACAGAACAAAAGACUUCUUGCAGUGGUUUAACAAGAUUGUGAUACCACACAAAGAAAUUGUGGAGGUCCUGUUACUUGAUCCUGCCCUGAAAGCAGAUCUCCAUAAACUCUACUAUCGGGCCUUCGAAGCCCAAAAUCAGGCCUGUCUUUCUUCAAGGAUUGAAACACUCGAGUUGUUUACCACAAUUAUGAUAUACCUGCUGGAAUUCCAAGGCCACCUUCCAGAAGACCUGCAUCAAGUGGUACUUUCUGCUUGUCUGUCAGAUGAUGUACAUGAUCAGUGCAGAAAGGAGGCUGGGCUGCUGCUGUUGUCGCUUUACGCCCAUGAGUUGUGGAGUGGAGUCAAAUCAACACAACUUUUUCUCUUUCACGUAAACCUUGUGACUGGAACCAAGCUGAAGAGAUCGAAAUCCGCUAAAUCCUCACCCACUCAAACAGCCAUCCAAGCUAUUUGUAAUGACAUUGCCACCAUGAAGACUUGAAUAUAGCUUGUGAGUAGUAUCGAUUUUUGCAAUCACAGAAUUACAUUGUUUCUUCUCAAAGACUGAAUUGAGGGAAGUCUCAAGCAUGUUUACUCCCUUGAGAUGUUUCUUAUGGAGGAGAAAAAAGGAAAAUUUAUUUUAUUGUUGGCAUUUUUAAAGUUUCUGCUAUAAAGUAAUUGAAA